UAGAAUACAAUAUUAUAGAUAUAAGAAUGGGUAGCUAAAUUGUAUCAUUCACCCAUCGUCACUCAAAUUCCACGAAAUACAUCAAUAUCUACUAUCAUUGAUUUGACGCUACUAAGUCUCUCCAAAUCACUUCUGAUACACCACCAAGCCCUCAAUUAUUACGCGAGUCAUUUCAGAACAUGGCUUUUCUCCCCAAUUUCUCCAGCGAUUUUGCUCCUUUGUUUGAUUUACUUGAUGACUAUAAUGUCCGUCAAGCAUGCCGCCCAAAGCCAAGGACUACACCUGUUCGCUCCUUCACACCUCGAUUUGAUGUCUAUGAACUAAACAACAACUACCAUCUUAAUGGAGAGCUGCCUGGUGUUAACCAAGCCAGUAUUGACAUUGAGUUCAUCGAUCCUCAUACAUUGGUUAUUAAGGGCCGCGUGGAGCGCAGGUACAGGGACAGCGCAUCCAAUACCAACGAUCAGGCCGAAGUUCCCAAUGAUGCUUCUUCUGUCAAGUCACUCCAACCAACAGUUGAAGAUGAAGAUGAAGGGGCAAAUGACGCAGCGUCUGCUGGUUCAUCGACCAAAUCUUCAGAGCAGGUAGACGUUCAGGAGCAGACCAAACCACGCUACAAAUAUUGGAUUACCGAGCGCCCAAUUGGCGAAUUCCAUCGAGCCUUUACCUUUCCGACGAGAAUAGACCAAGAUACAGUCAAGGCUACUCUGAAAGAUGGGAUCCUCUCAGUUAUUGUCCCAAAGGAACCUGCUCCUACCCUGAAGAAAAUUCGUGUUGAGUAAACUGCCAACUGUUGGACCCCUACGGUACCGGCGAUGGGCCUCAUGCGAUUUAACACCGGACUCUCUAAUAUAACUCAGUUAUAAACUUGGAAAAUGUCUAGUUAUACGAGGCUUUGAAGUUGGUUGACUAAGUAUAUAUGUUGAAUU